CUGGGGUAUAAAGGCCUUGGGGGGCCAGGCCUGUUCGCGGCUUCACACACAAGUCUCCUUCUCAAGAGCGUCCAUCCUUCUUACAGUCCUCAAACACACCGUCUGAAGAUGGCACCCAAGAAGGCUAAGAGGAGGGGAGGUGGCGGAGCAGGCUCCAAUGUGUUCACCACCAUGGAGCAGAGCCAGAUCCAGGAGUACAAAGAGGCCUUCACAAUCCUUGACGUGAACAAAGACGGUAUCAUCAGCAAGGAUGACUUGAGGGACGUUGUUGCCAACCUGGGCAACCUCAACCUGAAGGAGUCUGAGAUCGACCAAUGUAUUACUGAGGCUCCCGGCCCCAUCAACUUCACCGUUUUCCUGACCAUGUUCGGAGAGAAGCUGAGGGGUUCUGAUCCCGAGGACGUCAUCGCAAAUGCCUUCAAGGUGCUCGAUUCCGAGGGCACUGGCAUGGUCAAGAAGGAAUUCCUUGAGGAGCUCCUGACCACAAUCUGCGACAGGUUCUCCGCUGAGGAGGUUGCAAACCUGUGGGAGGCCUUCCCCCCAGAUGUCGCUGGCAAUGUUGACUACAAGAACAUCGCCUACGUCAUCACACACGGAGAGGGCAAGGAGGAGUAAAAAGAGAAACGGAUAGAAGAAGACUGAAAAAUGAAGAGAUAACUUACGCAUACCUCAUUGCUCUACCUUCCCAAUCCUUUCUCUGAGUCACUCACGCCCUUCCUCUCCAAGCCGCGCACCCUCCCUUCUCGACUUCCCUCUUCCCCCCCGUGUCAACCUUUCCUCCUCGUUCACCUAUGGGGCGCCCCUCUUCCUUCCACAACCUCAUCCAUUCUCAUGUUCACUGCAACCGAAGCGCCAAAAGACUGAUAAUUGAGAGAGCAGAGUGGACCCCAUAGGGUGUCUGUUGUGUUUUGUCAGUGGGGACAAAUGGGAUUAGGCCUUUACUUUCAAUAAAAUGAUCUAAUUCCAGUUUA